AUGAUCACCAUAUGCACAUCAGGGGAGGACGAAGGCGAGCAAGGUUGUUCCUCCCCCUUCGUGAUCGAGUACAUACCCGCAGAAGCCGCAGUUGGGUUCGCCGGGAUUGACGCACCGCCUGCCCCGCUCGUCAUAGAUAUUCCCGCCCGAGAACCAUACUCGGACGACAAGGUCCCCUGGACCUAUGAAGGGGGUGUCGGGAGUCUCGAGCAACAAUUCGGCGUCAUGGGCAUAACCCGCUCGGGACGGCUAUACGAGAACCCGGCGACCACCGACAAAGGGAAGGCGCUCGCUACUGAAGAGGAGAUGAGGUAUUCUAUGCGCAGGAGUAGAAGUGCUGAACUUCUACCAUUAGAUCCUGAGAUAGAGCGCACCUUGCAUCGGUUGAGAAGAGAGAACAGAAGAAGGGAAGAAUUGCAGGUAGUUGAGAUGGCAGAUGAUGACAUCAACCGCCAAAUACAGGGUGCUGCCAGAGCACUUCGAGACUAUGCAGUACCUACUAUUAUGGGUUCUGCGAUCAGAAGGCCCACUAUUCCAGCUAAUAACUUUGAACUGAAGCCAGCACUCAUCCAGAUGGUUCAAUCAAAUCAGUUUGGAGGAUAUCCCAACGAGAGUCCUGAUGAGCAUAUUGCAGGAUUCCUCCAAUACUGUAACACGGUAAAGAUGAAUAAUGUCACUGAUGAUGUUAUUAGAUUACAGCUUUUUCCUUUCUCGCUUAGGGAUAAAGCGAGAGCCUGGUUCAAUUCACUGCCACAAGAGUCCAUCACCACCUGGGCCGACCUUUCAUCUAAGUUUCUUAGGAGAUUUUUCCCACCAGCUAGGACUGCAAGAUUGAGGAACGAAAUCACUAACUUCACCAAGUUCAAUGGUGAAUCACUUUAUGAGGCAUGGGAGAGAUUCAAGGAGGCAAUCAGAAAGUGCCCACAUCACGGAUUGCCAGAUAAUCUCCUAAUUGAGGUCUUCUAUCUUAGCCUGGAUGAUACAUUGAGGUCUCUAGUAGAUGCUGCAGCAGGAGGCGCACUGAUGGGUAAGAAUUAUGAUGAAGCAAGUGCUUUGAUAGAAGAGAUGGCCUCCAGUGCACAUAAUUGGCAGAAUGAAAGAAGUAAAUCAAGAGUGGCAUCAGUCAAUGACAUGGACACUAUUGCUAAUUUGACAACCCAGAUUUCAGCUCUCACUACCCAGGUAAGUAAACUCACCUCAGCACAUUCUUUUAAUACUAAUCAGGUUGCUUUUUGUGAGUUGUGUUCAGGACCACAUUCGACUCUUGAAUGCAUGUCUGGAAAUCCCUCGGCUUCACCCAAUGGAGAGCAAGUGAACUUUGUCAACAACUUCCAACGGAGUAAUCAAGGGCCUUAUUCGAACACUUACAAUCCCGGGUGGCGUAAUCAUCCUAAUUUCUCAUGGAGGAAUGAGAAUAAUGCACUUAAACCGCCACCUGGAUUCCAAAAGCAAGGCCCUGCUCAGAAUGCUCCACCUCAGCAAAGUCAGUCGAGAAUGGAAGAGCUCAUGUUGAGCUAUAUGCAAAAGACUGACACCAUGCUACAGAAUCAACAAGCCACUAUUCGAAACCUAGAGGGUCAGAUUAGUCAGAUUUCUCAGCAAUUGAGUAAUAGACCAUCAGGGUCUUUACCCAGCAAUACUGAAGAGAACCCCAAGGGUGUCAAUGCUAUAAUGCUGAGGAGUGGCAAGGAAUUGGAAAUAGUCAAUAGAAAAGCUCAAACUCAGGAGGAGAGUCCGGAGAAAGACAAAGGUAAGCAAAAGGUGGAGGAACCAAGGCGGAAGUCACUAGGGGUGAAACCGUAUGUUCCUCCUGUCCCUUUUCCAGGAAGAUUGAAGCAACAACAGUUGGACGCCCAAUUUGCUAAAUUCCUAGAUGUUUUUAAAAAGCUGCAAAUCAACAUUCCAUUUGCAGAAGCACUCCAGCAGAUGCCUUCAUAUGCUAGAUUCAUGAAGGAUCUGCUCACUAAAAAGAGGAAGUUUGAUGGGAGUGAGCCUGUGAUGCUUACAGGAGAGUGUUCUAUGAUUCUCCAAAAGGACUUGCCUAACUUACCACGCAAACAAAGAGAUCAGGGGAGUUUCACUGUUCCUUGUACUAUAGGGAAUUUUCAUUUUGAGAACGUUCUUAUCGAUUCAGGUGCAAGUAUAAAUUUAAUGCCUCUGUCUAUUUUCAGGAAACUUGGACUUGGAGAAUGCAAGAAAACUCAUAUUACCUUGCAACUUGCUGACAGGAGUAUCAAAUAUCCAAAGGGUAUUGUUGAGAAUGUCCUGGUGAAGGUAGACAAAUUCAUAUUUCCAGUCGACUUCAUAGUCUUGGAGAUGGAGGAGGACAGAGAGGUGCCCAUGAUCCUUGGCAGACCGUUCCUUGCGACAGGUAAAGCAUUAAUAGAUGUGGAACAAGGUAAGCUCACUUUAAGAGUUAUGAAUGAACAAAUAACUUUUAAUGUUUAUGACGCCAUAAAGAAAUUUGAUGAUGGCAAAUCAUGUUACACCAUUGAUAUUAUUGAUGAGCUUAUCUCUGAGUCUGUGGAGGAAAAAGCAGGUGUGGAUACAAUGGAAUCAGUCCUUAGGGAUCUGGACGAUUGGAGUGAUGAUGAUGAGCAUGAGGAAGAAUCUGUGGAGAAGGUAUCAGAAAUCAAGGCUCGCUACUAUGAGGAGCUGGGCACUAGUGCGACAAAACCAGUAUCAUCUUUGACACAGUCCCCGGUGCUAGAACUUAAACCAUUGCCUAGCCAUUUAAAAUAUGCCUAUCUUGGAAUAGAUGACACUUUGCCAAUAAUUAUCUCUUCUUCCUUGACAGGUGAUCAGGAGCAACAGCUCCUAAGCGUGCUGAGAGAGCACAAGGAGGCAAUAGGAUGGACUAUUGCAGAUAUCAAAGGGAUCAGCCCUUUGAUUUGCACUCACAGGAUAAUGUUGGAAGCUGAGUGCAAACCCAUAGUGCAACCACAGAGGCGACUUAACCCAACUCUCAAAGAGGUAGUGAAGAAAGAAGUGCUUAAACUGUUGGAUGCAGGUAUUAUCUAUCCUAUCUCAGAUAGUAAAUGGGUUAGUCCUGUUCAAGUAGUGCCCAAAAAGGGUGGUAUGACUGUGGUUAAAAAUGAGGUCAAUAAAUUAAUCCCGACUCGUACUGUGACUGGGUGGAGAGUUUGUAUAGAUUACAGGAAACUAAAUGAUGCUACCCGUAAAGACCAUUUCCCCCUCCCCUUCAUUGAUCAGAUGCUAGAAAAACUUGCAGGGCAUGAUUAUUAUUGUUUUCUAGAUGGUUAUUCUGGUUACAAUCAGAUUCAUAUAGCACCCGAGGACCAGGAGAAAACCACAUUUACUUGUCCUUAUGGCACUUUUGCCUUUAGGAGAAUGCCUUUCGGUCUCUGUAAUGCACCUGCCACUUUCCAGAGGUGCAUGAUGUCUAUAUUUUCUGACAUGUUAGAGAAUUUUAUUGAAAUAUUUAUGGAUGAUUUCUCUGUUUUUGGGAAGUCAUUUGAAUCUUGUCUGACAAAUUUAGGCUGUGUGCUUAAAAGAUGUAAGGAGACUAAUCUGCUUCUGAACUGGGAGAAAUGUCAUUUUAUGGUAAGAGAGGGUAUAGUCUUAGGUCACAAGGUGUCAAAGAAAGGGAUUGAAGUUGAUCGAGCAAAAGUGGAGAUAAUAGAGAAGUUGCCACCACCCACUUCAACAAAAGGAGUAAGGAGCUUCUUAGGACAUGCUGGCUUCUACAGGAGAUUUAUCAAGGACUUUUCUAAAAUCUCUAGACCUCUUUGUAAUUUACUUGAAAAAGAUUCUGCUUUUGUUUUUAAUGACAAUUGUUUGCAGGCAUUCAAUUUAUUGAAGGAGAAACUCACUUCUGCACCAGUGAUCGUUGCACCUAAUUGGGAGCUUCCGUUUGAGCUGAUGUGUGAUGCCAGCGACUAUGCUGUAGGAGCAGUACUUGGGCAAAGGAGAGGUGAAAAGAGAUUGCUCCAAUUGAAUCAGAUGGCUGAGAUGAGAGAGGAAGCAUAUGAAAAUGCUAGGAUAUACAAGGAGCGAGCCAAGCGAUGGCAUGAUAGGAACAUCCUAAAGCGAGAGUUUUUGCCUGGUCAGAAAGUCCUAUUAUACAACUCUCGCUUGAAGUUGUUCCCAGUUGAGCUGAAGUCAGAAGAAGACCGCACUUUUAAAGUAAACGAUCAUCUUCUCAAGCAUUACUUUGAAGGGGAAAAUAUUGAUGGUGAUGCCACUACGGUGGAUCUAGCAAAUUCGGUUGAAGAAUUGGAAAAGUCGAACUAG